CGAUACAUACCUACCUACCUACAAUAUUUAAUCAACAUAAUUAUAAUUCACUGCUCAAAAAAAAUUUACAGAUGAAGUAAUAAAGAAGGAAAUGAGUUUAAAAUAAGUCAACAUUAAGACAUAGUUUCUGAAAUUGAAGAAAAUGGCACUGUUCAGUGUGCUUCGUUUGAGGUUAAAUAAAACUCUACCUGAUUUAAGAUCAUCUGUUCGAUUCUAUUGUUCAUCAACAGAUAAUGGACCCAAUGAAUCCGAUGAGCAACCAGCGGUUGAUCCUACUAAGGACAGGACCAAAGUUAUUCCAGUCGAACAAAGUCUAAGAUAUUUGGCAAGUAAAGCGUAUAUGCAUACCUACGGUGAAAAUCCAGUGUGGCUAUUAUAUCGGCGUAAUCAUAAAGGUGGUAUACCUCCUAGAAAAACAAGGAAAUCUUGUGUUAGAAACGGGAUGAUUUCAACAGGAAAUCCUUGUCCUAUUUGUAGAGAUGAAUAUCUGGUACUAGAUCACAGAAACACUAAGUUACUUCAACAAUUCAUUUCGAAUUAUACUGGACAGAUUUUACAACCUUCAAAGACAGGCUUAUGCCAGAAAAAACACAAAGAACUCUUGGUUGCUAUUGAAAGAGCUUGGGACCAAGGUUUGCUUACAUAUGAUGUACCAUUCAGAGUAUAUGAUUAUUCAGUUUAUAACAAAAGUACUGCAUCCCACCAGAAUUGAUGUAAUUAGAAUAGUACUGUUUGAGUUUUGAGUAGUAAUAAACGGACAGCAUCCUAACACAUGUGUAUUUUUGUAAAACAAAUAUGAUUCACAAAUCAAUAAAUAUUUUAUUAAGAAUUUAAUACAUUAGAAGUAUGUUAUUAUGGCUAUUAUCACACAAUUGCGUCAUAAAUACAAUAUAAAAGUAUUGAAAUAACAUUUUAAAAAAACCUUAAAUGGCACAUAUCUUUUAUCUUUCUAUAACUUAAUUUUUUUUGCUCUAGAUGAGCUCACUAUUUUGGGUUCAUCUGGUAUUGAGGAGUUAUUGGAAUCCAUAAAUAUCACCAGUGAAUGCUAUUGCACCAUGAGAUCUGAAAUUAAUCUCAAUUAUGUAAUAAAUCUUAUUUUUCAAGUGUGUUUAGAAAAUUCUACAAUGGAGGUAGAAAAUUAUUAGGUCUAUUAAUUCUUAGAUAUUUCUUAAUUUCCAUAGUAGACUAAAAGAUAAAUACUAAUAAAUGUUUGAUUUAUGUAUUAAAAUACCUAACACCAUAAAAAAGUUUGCUUAAGAGAAUAUUAUGUAAAUACUAAAUACCAUCCUAUAAAAUGGAAGAUCUAGAAGCAAUUAUCAUUGAAAAUAUUUAAACAGUAAUUUUAAUCAAACUAUUAUCCA